AUGGAUGCAAGCAAUCACGAUAUGGUGGGAGUCCUUGCAAGAGAGAUGGGUUCGAUUUUUUCUCCCUUAAUAACAAACAUUGCCAGGACUAACCAGGAUAAUAUGGAGACAUAUCAACGUAUUUCCACACAAAAGGGACGUAUAGCAGAUUUCUUUGGAGAUCCCGAAACAUCUACCAGACGAAGGAACAAUCACGCUACCACUCGCGAGAACGAACUAAUCUUGACACCUGUCCAAGAUCUAGUUCGACCACCUAGGCAAAGUCCUGGUGAGAGAAAUCAGGUAAUAGAUUUAGAGAAUCAGAACCGAAGGACUAAUACUAUUCAACAGGAAGUCCCUGAAGAACAGCCUAGGGUAGUGAUGGUUAAUAGGGAGCAAAAUGCUGAUGAAAUAAUACACAGGGUUAGAAGAGACAAUAUGGCGACAGAAAAUAAUCUAACAACCUUGAUCGAAAGGAUUAUGGCUAAUAAUGGCCUUAAUACUGGACUUCGACGUCCAAACUACACUUCCCAUGUAGCAGAUUAUAUCUUACAAACUGAAUUACCAAGAGGAACCAAGAUACCUAAAUUUACAAAGUUUUCAGGGGAUACUAGUGAAUCGACUGUGGAACACAUAACCCGAUAUUUGACGGAGACGGGUGAUCUAGCGAAUAGUGAGAACUUAAGAAUUAAAUAUUUCCCUAGUUCGUUAACAAAAAAUGCUUUUACAUGGUUCACCACUUUACCUCUAAAUUCUAUAGAUACUUGA